GCCAGGGUUGCCGAACCCUGCCAUGCUUCCUGAGCGAUGGACUUUGUUGGUAAUUGAUUUAAAAGACUGUUUCUUUACAAUAGCCUUACAUCCCAGUGAUACAAAAAGAUUUGCGUUCACCCUGCCUGCUUUGAAUCGAGGUGAACCAGAUAAACGAUUUAAAUGGACUGUUUUGCCCCAAGGUACUCUGUGGGUCCCUUCCCGGUGGGCUCGACCAGCUAAUGCGCCCAGCAAGGACCGCCAACCCGGAACUGAACCUCCUGCGGAAUAAACUGUGUCUCCAGCAUUGUGUGGAGGAGCUACAGAGUCUAUCCAAAAGACCAUUGAACUGGGACUGGGAGGAUCCUGCAGUUAACAUUGCUAGAGGUGUUUUAGAGAGGUGUGAACGUGAACACUGGGAACUACACGCGUUGAAAUGUCUAUCAUGCCAGGGCCAUGGCAAACGUUGUAAUGGUAGAGCCCUGGUGUUAAUGAUUUGUGGGGGUUGCGGGAAGAAGGCGGUAAGGUCACAGUAGGGUUGUACGCUUGUGAUUUGUUACUCGUGUGCAUUCCGUAAGCAAUUAGAAUCGUGGCAGAGAGACGCUCAGCAAAUGACAGAGACUCGUUCUCUUGGGGAAGCCCUGGUGCUCUUUGAGAACAGAGAGGAUUGGGACAGAUUACAGGUCAAGUGGGCAGUCCAACAUACGAUAAAAUACAUAAAAAAGAGCAGAGCUAGUAAGAUCCUUGCUGUCUGUUGUCAGUCUCCACGCAACAGGCUAAGCCACCACGAGUUAGAGACCCUUCCGGACAGGAAUCCAGACCUAGUCAAAGCCCUGUUCAAAUUAUCAAUAUGAGCACUGCAAGUGCCAUGAUACUCCUUAUAAUAGGAGGAGUAGUCACCCUAAUCCAGACAAUUGACAUUUGGGCCCCAGCACAGCCAAAAGAAAACAUUUGGGUAACAUUGGCUAAUCGAACAGGCCAAGAGGCUAUUUGUUUGUCCUUGUCCUCAGCUGGUAAUCCUUUCUCUACCUGCUUAGUGGGAUUACCCUUAGACAAUUUACCUUGUCCUACCGGUACUGUACCUUUAUGUCAGGCCAAUGAAUCACGGUCAUACGCUGAUCAAUGGGAUUUAGUGGUCCCACAUUUCUCACGGGCGGCCCAGGAACCAGAAGAGUUAGAAAUUUUGGGUACAGUAAGGGCUGAUUUCUGUGUUCGAUUUAAUUGGACUAGCGUUCACCGAAGGUAUAGAACGGGCCAAUCUCUGUCGGUUAAUGCCAAUCCGAUUCUAAAAGUGUAUCAGAAUGCAUCCAUGUGGUGCAAUUACACGAGUCCAAAUAUCUCAAAAUCCUCCAACAUGCCCAUACGGUUACCUCAAGGAAUAUUUUUGAUUUGUGGCGAUCGAGCCUGGCCUGGUGUACCUUCAAAAUUAGAAGGAGGUCCAUGUACUUUAGGGAGAUUAACCCUAUUGUCGCCAAAUACAUCCAUGAUCAUUCAGCAAUAUAAGAAACAUAAGCGAACCAAAAGGAUGAUACAUGGCUUCCAGCAUGCCUUCCAACCUGAUUGUGAUGAUCAGGCUCAGUUCUGGUCACGAGGAGAAAGGAUCCUAGGAUCUCUGGUACCAGGAGUAGGUACUGCACAGGCCUUGACCACCUUAAAUAAAAUAGGUUGUUGGUUGGCAAAACAAACUAAUGCAACAUCAAUUGCUAUAUCUGGCCUUUUGACAGAUGUGAACUCAAUCCGUCAUGCAACAUUACAAAAUAGAGCUGCCAUAGAUUUUCUUUUAUUAGCUCAUGGUCAUGGAUGCCAAGAUUUCGAAGGAAUGUGCUGUAUGAAUUUGUCAGAUCACUCUGUGUCGAUACAUGCCCAGUUGACCAAAUUGGCUACUCUAACAUCGCACUUGCAAGAGGACACAGGGUUUGGUCUUAAUGAUUGGUUAAGAAGUUUAGGUCUUGGGCCUUGGCUGACUUCUUUCUUACAACAUCUGAUCAUUAUAGGGAUAGUUCUUUUUGCAUUUAUUCUAAUUGUGCCUUGCUUUUGUGCAUGUCUUAGACAAGCCUUAAAUAGAAUGAUCGCAAACAGCACAGCUACUGCUCUGCUAGCAUAUAAAGAAAACGGGGGAAGUGUGGAUAGUCUCUCUGAGCAAUGGUUGAGAGACAAAGGACAUAUGGGAUAAUAGCAUACUGGUUAAAGUGUGAACAAGGGUUGCAGCAAGGACAUAAUGCCCUUGCAGGGAUAGAAGAGGGA